UCAAAAGCCCAUUAGGAUCUGACUAUCUUAUUCAAGGAGAUCUAUCAAGUUAAAUUUUGUCACUAAACCGGAAAGUAAUCGGUUUUAAUCAAUUUGCUGGGCGAUAAAUCGGUAUAAUAUCGGUCUACGGUUUGUUUGACCGAUUCGGUUCAGAUUUCAGCGAUAGGGCAGCGCUGGGCGCCUAACAGGCCGGUAAAUUUGUUAGGCACGAUAUCUUCUGUCUGCCAUGGAUUCCAAUCCUGCUUCUCUCGCUUUGAAUCACUCAAAACCUCCGAUUGUUGAAGCUUUUAAUGGUUCAUUGCCCGAAAUUAAUGAUUCUGUAGCUAAGCCUGAAUUAUUGCAACCUUUAUUAUCGGAGAAUGCUGUUAGCAAGACAUUGAAUGAUAACAAGGAUCAAUCUGGCGGAGAGGAAGAAAACACAAGCCGGAGAAAACGUCGGAGCCGGUGGGAUCCUCCGCCUACUCAAUUGGUUAAUAACCCUAUCACCGAAGGUGGUGGUGGCGGUAGUGAUUCCAAUACUGGGAUGAAGAAGCGUAAGUCUAGAUGGGCAGAUGAUGAGCCAAAACCGGUAAUACAGCUACCUGAUUUCAUGAAGGAUUUCACCAGUGGUAUCGAAUUUGAUCCCGAGAUUCAAACUUUGAAUAGUAGGUUACUUGAGAUCAGUAGGAUGUUGCAGUCUAGUAUGGCUUUAGAUGAUAGACCGGAAGGACAAAGGUCUCCUUCACCAGAACCUGUGUAUGAUAACAUGGGAAUUAGGAUAAACACUAGAGAGUACAGAGUGAGAGAGAGGUUGAAUAGAGAAAGACAAGAGAUCAUCUCUCAGAUCAUUAAGAAGAACCCUGCUUUUAAACCUCCGGCGGAUUAUAGGCCUCCUAAGCUCCAAAAGAAGCUUUUCAUUCCGAUGAAGGAUUUUCCCGGUUACAAUUUCAUCGGUCUUAUUAUUGGUCCCAGGGGGAAUACUCAGAAGAGAAUGGAGAGGGAAACAGGUGCUAAGAUUGUGAUUCGGGGAAAAGGAUCUGUAAAAGAAGGUAGGCUCCAGCAGAAGAAGGAUUUGAAAUAUGACCCUUCGGAAAAUGAGGACUUGCAUGUUUUAGUCGAGGCUGAGACUCAGGAAGCUCUUGAAGCUGCUGCUGGUAUGGUUGAGAAGCUGUUGCAACCUGUUGAUGAGGUGCUGAACGAACACAAGAGGCAACAGCUCAGGGAGCUUGCCACCUUGAAUGGAACGAUAAGAGAUGAAGAAUUCUGUAGGCUGUGUGGUGAGCCAGGACAUAGACAGUAUGCGUGUCCUUCUCGUACAAAUACCUUUAAAAGUGAUGUUCUUUGUAAGAUUUGUGGUGAUGGUGGACACCCUACUAUUGAUUGCCCGGUGAAGGGUACCACUGGAAAGAAAAUGGACGAUGAAUAUCAGAACUUCUUGGCUGAGUUGGGAGGAACUGUCCCUGAAUCUUCACUUAAACAGAGUCCCACCUUGGCUCUUGGUCCGGGAAGUAAUCCUCUGUGGGUUAACAAUGCGGGGAGUGGGGCAAGUGCGCAUCCUGGUUUAGAGUCAAUUUCGGUCAAACCUUCUAAAGAAUAUGACGAAACAAAUCUGUACAUUGGGUUUUUACCUACGAUGCUUGAAGAUGAUGGCUUGAUUAAUCUGUUUUCACCUUUUGGUGAAAUUGUGAUGGCAAAGGUAAUCAAGGACCGUGUGUCUGGUUUGAGCAGAGGCUAUGGUUUUGUGAAGUAUGCUGAUGUCCAUAUGGCCAAUACUGCCAUUCAGGCAAUGAAUGGUUACUGGUUAGAAGGUAAAACACUUGCUGUUAGGAUUGCUGGUAAACAGCCAACACCAUCUGGACCUCCAGCUCCUCAGCCACCAACUCAAGCUUAUCCUCUUCCAAACCAGCCACCCAGUGCCUAUCCUUCACAACAAUAUGCCACUGGUGGGCAACUGCCAAAUCCUCCCUACUCAACAGCUCCAGUUCCUUGGGGUUCUCUUGUUCCUUCCUAUUCUCCAUAUGCUCCUCCCCCUCCGGGUUCUUAUCAUCCUCCCCCUGGUCAACAUAUCUCUCCUUAUGGAAUGAACUACCCACCACCACCUCCUCCUCAUGUGACACAAGCUCCUCCACCUGGCACCGUUUUUAGUGAAAGCCAACAAAGCUUCCCACCAGGGGUACAAGCAGACAAUGGUACUACUGCUUCAUCUGUGCCAAUGAGUGUUUAUAGUAGCUCUUUGCCUGGACAGCCUCCGUACAUUAGUUAUCCAUCUUAUUACAAUGUUGUUCUACCUCCACUGCCACCAACACCGGCUUUGUCUACUGAUCAUUCCCAAAGCAUGGGUUACAACAUCCCACGGGCUAGCAAUCCUCCUUUGUCAACAUCUGAUCACUCACAAGGUCUAGGUAAUGCACCUUGGGCACCUAAUCCUCCUAUGCCACCUUCUGCUGAAUAUUCGCAGAGCAUGGGAAACAUACCAUGGGCUCCCAAGCCUCCUGUACUGCCACCUGCAGAGAAUCCAUCCUCUGCUAAAGAUUCUGAGUAUGAAAAGUUUAUGGCUGAGAUAAAAUAGCAUGUGUGUUUAGAGGAGAAACUCCUUAGGGGAGAAGGCGUGAUGUUUCUUGGAGUUCUUGUACCAUGAUUUCUUUACACCUUUCUUGUUGGAAGUUUGGGACUCACAUCUUAACCCUUGCUAUGCUGUUGUGAAAUAUGCAGAGAUUCAGGCUGAAAGCUCCCCAAAUUCCAUAAUUGAGAAAGGCGAUAAGAUUUUUAUUUGUGUUACUGAUAAUAGUUGCUGCUCUUUUGUAGGACUAUAUAUGUUUCGGGUUCAUGUUUUAUUUCACAAUACUCAUAUUUACCGGUGACCAGUGUGUUAGAUCUGUUUUGAGCUCUCUCUCAUUUACUCACAAUUGCUUCUCACAAUUGCUUUUAUCAAA